AAAGAGAUAGAGCGGAUAUUCACCAGCUGUGGAAUCUGGAAUCAGGGAGGGUCUCGGCCUUACCUCUGCACAGUACUCAGUUUUCGCUUCAAUAUUCAAUGUUGGAGCAAUGGUAGGUACCACCGUGAGUGGCAAGAUAGCAGAUCUCAUUGGCCGAAGAGGGGCAAUAUGGCUCUCUGACAUUUUUAGCAUUAUGGGGUGGCUUGCAAUACUUUUUGCCAAGGGUAUUUGGUGGCUCGACCUUGGAAGAUUGGCAUUGGGAUUUGGUGCGGGUAUUCUUACAUAUGGGGUAUCUAUAUAUGUUGCUGAAAUCACACCUAAGAAAAUUCGAGGAGGAUUUACAGAAACAUGCUGA